UUAUUGGCGAAAUAAAACAAGAAAGUCAGUAAUAAUGAUGAAAUUUGUGGAGCUUCUAUUAUUAUCUAUAAUCCUCCUUAUUGAGUUUGCAGCCUCAUCUAAGCCAGUAUCUGUAUUCGACAAAAAAAUUGGUCAAUUAGUAACGUCUAGUCUUCUAAUAUGGGAACCAUUUGAUCCAAGCAAUGCAAAACAUCAGUUAGAGAACGCAGUUGCUGCUGGAGAAUUCUUAGAGAAAUAUCCAGCAUACAUUUGUCGCUCAUCAGUGAACUCAAUUGCUGUGACUGGAUAUGUUAAAAAGCGCAACGAAGAAUCUCAUGUAUGCAUCGUUUCAAUGCACUCGCAAAUCAAGACAAAAGGUGAUUUCGAGCUUUUAAUGAAUAAAGGUAACGGCGCCAAGAUAGAUUGGAUUGAUUGGGAGAAAAGUGGAGUCGUAUUUACACACAUUGACGGUACCGUCUCAACAAUCAACAGUGGAUUACGUUCGGAAGUUUAUUACAUAGCGAGACACAAGAAGAAUCAUUCAAUGGAACAUCAUGAAAUAGAUCACGCGAUAGGCUGGUUUGAUCCGAAGGAAGGUUUUGGAAAGAUCCACGCAACAGUAUCUAGUUCUGAGCAAACAUUUGACAACGGACAGGUUCUUGUUACUUUUGAGCCAUUACAUUAUGAAUUACAUGAUAUUAAGUUUAGUACUAUUAAGUUAAAAGUUGAAACUAAACGUAUUUUACUCGGUCAAACGAUGCUAAGAAAUGAUGGAGAACAAUCAGCAGAAGUAAAUGCCGUUAUUGGAUAUGAAUAUAACUUGACAAGAAAUUUGGGACAUCAUGAUGCAAUUGCACGCAGUGUAAACACGACAGUUUUUGUUGCCAAAAAGGAAGUCUACAACUGCUUCUGGGGACUUGAGACAAAUAAUCGCGUAAUGAAUACAAAAGGAGUCUCUACGACUUUACAGCCAGGAACUGCAUUGAAUAUUUCAUUAUGGGGAAACUAUACAGUAAGAGAUGGACCAUAUGAUGCACAUUUAAUUAUUCAUUGGGCUGAUGGAACUAAGUCUAAGAAACGCCGCAUUCGUGUUAAUGCUGGCUACGAGGCAAACUUAGAGGAUCAAUUAGAAAUUGAUUAUAGUCCGACAUUCUGGCUACAUAAUAACACAGUUGUGCCAACGACCACGACACAAAGAACCGUGACAUCAACAACAUCCAGUUCUACUACGCAUCGAUCAAUAUUCUCGACGAUAUCCAAUAAUGCAAUAGAAAGAAUUACUGAAAAAUCUUCAAUAAAAAAUUAUGAAUCAGAAGAAGAUGAUGACGAUGUGAAUGAGAGUAAGGCCGACGAAACUAGUAGUUCAUCAAAAAUUCACAUUCAAUCUUGCAUCAUCACGUUUAUUAUCAUGAAUCUGUUUCGUUUUAUUGCACAUUAAGCGAAUGGAAGCAGAUAAAAAAGAAAUAAGAGAGGAAAGGGCUUUAUGUUGCAAUUUUCAAUGUCCUCAUCGUUAAUGUUAAGUAGUUGAAGCUUUUUAUUGAUAGUGACAUGCUAUAUCACUGUAAUCUCAAACAAAGUUAAGACGGAAGAAUCUCUCUAUUAGAGACAAAGAAACAAAGGUUCAAGGUAAAAUCAUCGUUCGUCAUUAUUUCAAUUAGUUUUAAUCAAUAACUUUUACAUUUAAAUUUCUUGCAUCAGUCAGGUCAUAAAGUAUGUGAUCAACAGAAUAUUUUAGUCAUUUAAUGAAUUUAUUUCCUUCUGUUUUAAAAAACACACUCGAGUAGCGACCAUCAAAACUAAUAAUGAAAUAACAAAUCUUUAUACCAAAUAAUGAAAAUGACUGAAAGUGCCUGAUGCAGAAUAACCAAUUUUCCCUUUACUAACUCUUCUCAGAUUAAUUUACACAACAACUAGAAAUAAUUACA